AUGUCCCCACUCAGCCCCUCUCAAGAAGGCUGCUCGGAGUUGCAACAUGAUAUCGAUCUAGAGACGGAAGAUGUCCCAGUCAACAAAACCACCACCUUUAAUGGCAGACUGAAUCAAUUUAUGCACUCGGUCAAUAAGCCCACUGAAUCCUCCAUCAAACCAGCCAAUCUCAAGCGCCAGAGAACUGACACAAGCAUUUCCGAAUCCCUCUCAACGACCACCAACAUUACCCAUCCACCAUCAACAACUCGCACAACCCGCUCUCGUUCCUCCUCUACAACAUCUACAGUAAUAAACACAUCCCCAACGAAGAAAGCUCGCCGUCGCAAAUCUUCCCCACCAUCAACCCCCUCAACAGCCGCUGACUCCCUCCUCCGCGACACAAUCCCAGCAAACCUAACCCUCCUCCUCGUAGGCGUGAACCCAGGAACCUUGACCGGCACAACCGGCUACUCCUACGCCCACCCAUCCAAUCUAUUCUGGAAACUCCUCCACGCCUCAGGAAUAACGCCAAUCCGUCACCCACCCUCCGACACAUACAAACUUCCCACCCUCUACAACAUCGGCAACACGAAUAUCGUGGCAAGACCGACUCGCGAUGCGAGCAUGUUGACAAGAGCCGAAAUGGACGCCGGCGUGCCCAUUCUCGAAGCGAAGAUCGCAGCCCAGCGGCCCGAGGCCGUCUGUCUCGUUGGCAAGAGUAUAUGGGAAGCCAUCUGGCGCGUCAGGCAUGGGCGCGCGAUUCGGAAAGAGCAGUUCCGGUAUGGAUGGCAAGAUGAUGCGGAGAAUAUGGGGCGGGUUACUGGGAGUUCUGAAUGGGGUGGGGCGCCUGUCUUUGUCGCGACGACUACCAGUGCCUUGGCUGCUGGUAUGAGUUUUGCGCAGAAGGAGGCUGUUUGGGCUGAGUUGGGGAGUUGGGUGGUUAAAAGGAGGGUUCAAAGGAGCUCGGUUGCCGGUGGGCUUGGUACGCGACUUGAUGAGCAUUUACAUGCUGGUGUAGAGGAUGGUAUUUAG